AGGAAAGGAUUCGACAUUGAUAUAUUUUUCACUUCCUCAAAUCUUGGUAACACCGUGAGCUUGGAGGCAAUUAGUACCUUCAUAAGCCUUUCUUCUCCAAUUCCUGUCCUCAGAAAAAUGGUAUCAACCAAAACCUCACCCGCCCCGUCGGCCCCAUCCUCGCCCUCCAUUACCCCAAACAACACCUCCACCACUGCUCACGACCUCGAAAAACAGAUAACAGAAAAAGAAGCCACUCAAAGACCAACACCAGGAACACGGACCACUUCCUCCGUAAGAGUCACAAGAACUCAAUCGCUUACAAAUCGAGGCUCUUAUCGAAAUCAGUUCACACAUCCGUUAUCUCGUGUUAAAACAACAGAAGCAGAAAUAGUAGAUUUCGAUGGGGAAGAUGAUCCAUAUCGACCAAUCAAUUGGCCUUUCAGGAAGAAAGUUGUCACGACUUUGUUGUAUGGAUUGACGACUAUGGGUUCUACAUGGGCUAGUUCUGUGUAUGCUCCUGGGGUUACGCAGAUUAGCAAUGAGUAUGGGGUUAGCCAGGAGGUUGGAUUGUUAGGGAUUUCGUUUUUAUUACUUGGGUUUGGUUUUGGACCGUUACUUUGGGCUCCAUAAAGUGAGGUGUGAGUUAGUUCUAGCAUGAGUUUAAACUUUUUCUCGGUCCAAAAACUGAUUUUAAUCUAGCUAUGGGAGAAAACCAGCGGUUCUUGCCCCUUAUUUUAUUGCUGCCUGUUUUUCAUUUGCGACAGCUACAGGCAAAGAUAUUCAGACUAUUCUCAUCACGAGAUUUUUCACGGGCUUAUUCGGUUCGGCACCUGUUACAAAUACAGGUGGUGUUUUGGGUGAUACUUGGUCGCCUGAGCAGAGGGGGAUGGCUAUUGUGGGUUAUGCUUUUGCGGUUGUUGGUGGUCCUACUUGGGGGUAAGAAUAAAUCGUUGAAUCUAUCGAAAUUUGACUAAUACAAAUAAGUCCUAUCGCAGGCGGUGCAAUCGUAUCAAGCUAUUUGAGAUGGAGAUGGACCAAAUACGUAAGUGAAGGACUACCAUCCUCUCUUUCCAGUCAAAAUAGGAUAUUCCAGCUUAGCGAGCACCUCCAUCCCUCAACCUCCUUACCUUAUAUCCUAACUCCAUAUAAACAGAUCGCUGGAAUAAUGAUGCUCUUCUUCCUCUUCCUCGACCUCCUCAUCCUCGAUGAAUCCUACCCACCCAUGCUCCUCGUUUUCAAGGCCCGCCGUCUGCGUCACGAAACAGGAAACUGGGCACUACACGCCAAACACGAGGAAUGGGAUGUCAGUCUGAAAGAGUUAUGCAAUAAGUUUUUGCUUACGCCCUUUCGGUUACUUGCUACCCCUAUUUGUUUUUGUGUGGCGCUUUACGCUAGGUUUGUUUAUGGCAUUUUGUAUUUGUAAGUUUUCAAGCACAUAUAUAUUUUUCUCUUAUAUGCAGAUACACAUAAACAUGUGUAUGAGAGUGGCGGAUAGCUGCUAAUGAAGAAAGAUGUCUAGCAGCGAUUCCGAUCCAGUUUGCUGAUGGAAGGGGGUGGGGUCCUGUUACGAGUGAAUUACCGUUUCUUGCGCUGCUUGGGGGCGUUGUUUUGGGAGGAGGUGCGAAUAUUUAGUAAGCUGAAUCAAGAUUACUUCAAACCCUUCAAACCAUGGUCUCUCUCUGAGGUCAGGUACGUUAUCAUAACCAGUCGCUAACAUUCUCCAGCAACAACAAAUUCUACAUGCAAAAGUUCCACGCCAACAACGAUACCCCCCUCCCCGAAGCUCGUCUUCCUCCUAUGAUGGCCGGCUCCCUCUCUUUCUCCGCGGGACUCUUUAUCUUCGGUUUCACCUCUUCACACAAUAUUACGCCCGUCGCCCCUUUAAUCGGAUUACUACUAAUGGGAUUCGGUAUGUCUGUCCAUCUCCAUCUCCAUCUCCCCCUCCCCACUUCCCAGAAAAAGAAAAACUAACACACCCACCAAGGCUUCUUCACCAUCUUCCAAGCCGCACUAAACUACCUCAUCGACACCUUCACACGCUACUCCGCCUCGGCAAUCGCCGCCAACACCUUCCUGCGCUCCAUCUUCGCCGCCUCCUUCCCCUUAUUUGUCAAAUCCAUGUUUGGAGGCCUGGGCUUUGGGGGUGCGUGUGCGGUAUUGGGAGGUGUGAGUUGUGUGCUGAUUCCGGUGCCGUGGGUGUUUUAUGUGUAUGGAAGGGGAAUUAGGGGGUUGGGAAGGUGGACUAGGGAGGUUAUG